CUGGGUGUAGCAGCAGCAGCAGCAGCCUGACGUCUUGUUAGUGUGAAUGAGUUAGGGGGGGGGGAGAAAACACUGACAACAGCUCAGCAGGCGAGACAGUCGCGGAAACUGAGAGACAAUUUUCUUUUGUAACUUCUUCCCGCUUCCUUCCUUUCUCCCUCCACCUGUAUGACUUCGUGAAGACAAAAGCGGCUCAGUCAUGGAGAGCUCCAUUGAGGCUUCCCCGAGUGCUGGCAUCUCUCAAACAAAGCCAGCUCUGACCCCCAAACCUCGGCUUGCUCCGAAGCCCUUCUCUCUGCAGAAGAACUCGAACAUUCGCUCCAUCAAUGCUCCAAAGACGGUCAGCUCAACCACUAAAAAAACAUUGCAGAAGACUAUACCCUCCCCUGCUCAGCAAACCCCCGCCUCUGAUUCCAAACCGAGCCCUGUAAGUGUGCUGAACACCAAAAAUCAACAAAAAACAACAACAGAUACUAUCGAUUCUGGUGUAGGAAAAUCUGAUCCUUCCUCACAAACUGCUCCACCCAAAGAAACACCCGAGUCUGAGCUAAUCGAGAAGGACGAUGUCAUCCAAAUAAAAGCCAAAGCAUCCACAGUUAUUGAGCCUGAAUCUGAACAGAUAGAUGGAAAAAAGAAAGAAGAAGAAAAAUCAGACAUCAAGAAGCUCGAAAAAUCCGAUGGCGAUGUUUCAUCUGCAUUUGAUCCCAAAUGUCACUUGGGUAGCAUCAGGAAGCGCCUGCCCACGGAGCUCACCUCAAAGUUUGAGUCAGGUGGUCCGUGUUUGCCCCCCCAGCCGAGUAAAAACAUCCCAACAAUCAAAAACAUUGCGAACAAGCCAGAAUCUUCAGAUCCGGAUCAGAGCCCGAGAGCAUCAGAACCAUCAAACACAGAGAAUGAAGAAGGAGGACUGAAGGAGGACUAUGGUGGAGGAGGCAGUAUAAAACGCAGAAUCAGUCUCCUGUUUGACUCUUCAUCGAGGCCAGAGGUCAUGGCAAAGAGAGACGAGCCAGAAAUUGUGAAUGGUACAGGAGGAGUGAAAGCGAGAAUUAAAAACUGGGUCACAGAGACUAACUCUGAGACUGAGAAGAAGCCUCAAGUUGUGCACAGAGGUCGCUCUAAGAGCUUUGAGCCAGGAACUUCUCUAACAGAAGAGGAGACACCUGAAAAACCAAAUGUUGAGCCCCCUGCGAGCAAGACAUCGUCCAGCGAGGAGGUGGAUCAUUCUUCAAGAGCGUCGCCUGCUGAACAACCUACAGACACCCCGACGGAAACAUCCGAAGGGGCUAGUACAGAAAAUAAGUCAUCGGAAAUCUUGGGAGACCCAUCAGAAGAGCGCACACAGAACAAAUCCAACGAGGGGGAAGUCCAAUUACGGAACCGCAGCCGAUCUUUAAGCCAGACCGCCACUGAUGAGGGAGACUCAGCUGCCAGUCAAAGUCUGCAGUGUUCUCUGAAGAGGGGCGGAGUCAAACGGCGCUCUGUUCACUUUGGCGUGGUGGAGAGAGAUGAUGGAGGGCCCCCCGUGCCCCUGGGCUCAGACCCUGAUUCCAGCGAAGGAGAGGAAGAAGAGGCACCAAAGGAUGACACUGAGGAGGAAACCCCGGAAUCAAUACCGGUCUACAGAAGAGUGGGUUCACUUCAGAAGAAGAACGAUGAGGCGCAAAGGGAAGAAGAGGAACGACUGAAACACGUGGAAUUUGAAAAGAGACGGAGGGCAGAGGAGCAUGAACAGGCGAAUCUAGAGAUCGAGCAGGAGCGUAAACGAAAAGAGGAAGAAGAGAGGGAGAAAGAAAAGGCAAGGCAGAGGGAGGAGGAAGAAAGGGAAAGAGUGAGGCUGAGGGAGGAGGAAAUGGAGAGAAAGAGGAAGGAGGAGUGGGAAGCAGAGAGGUUUAAAGAAGAAGAGAGAGCGAGGGAAAGGCAGCGAGAAGAAGAUAUGGAGAGGGAGAGGCAGAUGGAGUUGAUGCUGAAGAGACAGAGAGAGGAGGAAAAAGAAAAGGCAAGACAAGAAGAGGAGAGACUCAAAAAGGAACAGGAGGAGAAGGAAAAAGAGAGACUGAAGGAGGAGGAGCGACUGAGGGAGGAAAGAGAGAGAGAGAGGCUAAGAGAAGAGGAAAAGAGAUUCAUUCGUGAACAAGAGGAAAAAAGAAUUGAGAGAAAACUGACAGAGGAGGAAAUGAACUUAGAGAAGCAAAGAGAAGAGGAGUGGGAGAAAGAGUGGUUGAAAAAGACGGAAGAGUUGGGAGGAGAAAAAGGAGAAGAGGAGAGGGGAAGAGAGACAGAGUUGAUGUGGCAGAGACAGAAAGAGGAGAGACAAAGACAAGAGGAGAUGGAGAAAGAAAGGCUAAGAGAAGAGGCAGAGAAGAAUGAGCAGAAAAGGCUAAAAGAGCAGCAACAAAAAGAAGAGAUGGAGAGAAUGAGGGAAAUAGAAAUGGAAAAGCUAAGGUUAGAAGAAGAGAGGCAAAAAAGAGAAAAGAAGGCAGAAUCAUCUCUUCCCCCCUCAGCAAAAAAAUCAGAGAGUCAAAUUGAAGUAGUUUAUGAUGACUUCUCCGUCAAGCAGCCUCUGAUGGAUGUGGAUUUCGAUGACUUUUCCGUCAAACCCAAGAGAUGGGGAUCACAGGCCAAAGCGGAAGCUAGUCCGGCCACCCGAAGAUGGGAAGAGGAUCCUGCUGAGAAACAAGAAGUGGAAGCGCUGGUGCCAAUGGAGGUCAGCCAGGGGGGAAAUAAAGAACCGGACAGCCCACUGCCCACAUUAACCCAGAAAAGUCCUGUGGAAGAGGAGAAGGAGCGCGAGGAGAAGGAAACGAAGGAGGCGUUGGAGGAGGAGACGACAAAGGAAGAUGAAGAAGACAAGCAGGAGCUUCCUGACUCACCCAAACAUCAACCACACCUCAGCGUCUGUGAUGACCCGGAUUCCAAUGGUGUCCUUAGUGGCUGUACAACCAUCAGUUUGAGUUUUUUUUUUUUUUUCAAUAUGCAGUACUUUGGAGGGAAACUGUCGGCUGCCCAGCUGCAAAUGGCGGGCUUGGUGGGCAGCAUGCGACGCUCCUUGCAAGGGGCUCUGGAUCUGGUGUGGGGCACUGCAGAAGAGAAGCAGGAGGAGGAAGAGGAGGAUAAAGAAGAAGAAGUAGAAGAAGAAGGAGGUGGAGAUAGUGGAGGACGGUUUCAGAGAGCCGUGGCACCGCUCCGGAGUUUUGCCAGACGCAGCAGGAGGUCCCUGCGCCGCUUCUCUGUCAGAAGUCGCCAGACUCUGCAGAGGACAUCCACUGAAAGCUGCUCAGCACAGGUUAACAGUUAUGGCAGAACAGAAGAGGACAAAGACACUGAUGCCUUGAUCGACAAUGAGCCAGACCAGCAGCGUGAGGCCCGUGAGGAGCCGUCUGAAAUUACAGCCCCUGAAGAAGCCCCUGAGGGCUCCCCUGAGCGCUCCCCUGAAGAUGCUGAUAUGACAGAUUUUCACACCGUGGAAGAGCCAGCUCCAUUCCCCGAGAGCUCCAAUCCUCUCCUUGACACCAGCGUGCAGAGAUCGAAGGCCGACCUCGGUAAGAGGCGAAUUCGGUCACGUCCGUCCAAGGUGUUUCGUUCAGGCUUGUCGGCGAAGGAGAGCCCUGACUGGAGGUGUCAUGACUCCACAGAUGAAAAGGAGGCAAAUCAAAAGGAUUCAGACUCUGAGGAGGAGCAGCCUCAACUGAAGAAAGUCAGUACUACUCCUCCCUCCUCUAAGAGAGUCCCCGUCUUCCCUGGCUUGAGUCCUUCAUCCCUAAUUGCUAAGCUUAAAAGGAGAACAGGUGGAGGACGGACCGGAGGAGGAGAGCAAACAGAGGAAGACAAGGGAAGGGAAGAGAAGGAAAGCCAAAAAGAGGAAGACACCGCACCAUCUCCCUCUCUGCUGUCACGUUCUCCUCGCUCUCCCGCUCAUCUAGCGGGGGCUGCACGAGUGCUGCCACCCAUAGGUGGUGCAGACAAAGGUGCCGUCGCCUCUCCUGCCUGGCUGAAAGAACUCAAGUCCAAGAAACGUCUGAGUCAGUAUGACGGGGAGGCGUAGCAAGCAUCAGGUCACACUGAGAUCUUACUGCUGCUUCUGCUGUGAGACACCUUGCUGUGAUGGCUCGUGUUUACACUUUGAGUGCCUUAAUUUGGACCUCUACCGAGAAACGCUGGAGGGAAGAUCAGGCUUUCCUGAUCCAAGAGGCCAUCAAGAACUUUGUUCAUCUUGUUGAUAAGAUAUGUUGCCAAUUGCUCUGUGCCAAGACUGUGAUGUGUUCAAUGCCAAGUACACAUUUGAUCUUCUGUUGUACAGAGGCUUAGUGAAGGGGUAGAACCACAGCGUAGUUUACAGCAUUAUUGUAUGAAUGUGCAAAUCCAUCAUUUACAGACUGGGACUGAUGACACUAGGCAUCCAGCAAGUCCAACAUCCACGAUAAAAACACUUGUACAGAAUAUACUGAAUAUAAAUAAUGCAUUGCACCUUUUGCGUACUUACUGUAAAUGUACAAAAUGUCUUCAAAAUUAUCUUUCUAAUCACAGAUCAUCCCAACUAAUCAUGGAAGCACUUUAAGAUUUUUUUCUUUUCUUUUUUGGGGGGUUUUUGUUUUUACAAAUGACCGUCCAUGCAAUACCUCGUAACAACAGAAUUAAGUGCCUAACUGUAGAAGCAGGGUCAAGGGAAUGUAUCUUUAUCUUUUUAAUAAAAACUUCCUGUUUUUUCUAAUUCAAAAACUCAAUUGCUUGUUUGGGCAGCAACACUGAGCUGGGAGGAUUUUUUUUGGCAUGCUAUGAGAAAAUAUGUUUUGUAAAAUGUUUAACUGAGCGAAAUGUUUUAAUAUGCUCUCAACUAUUUUAUGUGCCUUUUUAAUGUUUAGAAAAUGACGCGCUAUCACUGCUGUAAUCAUCUUUGAUUAACAAACUGUAUGAUAAGAGGAAACUGAGGGAAUUUUAUUAAAAACAAUUCUAUGAAA